AUGGCAGAUAAUAAUGCUAAUGCUAAUCCACCAGAAGCUGUAGCAGUGGCAGUAAUUGAAGAGAAGAAACUAAAACAAGCUGAGGACACGAAGAAAAAUAUUAUUCCAAGAAAAAUUUUUCAAGUGAAACAAAUUUCAGGUAUAUUAUCUGUGGCCUCAUUUGUUUUCUCUCUUCCAGUUCUCGCAUCGGUCAUCUGGCUGCUAUACAUCAAAAGCUAUGACUGCGAAUGGCUAUUCAAGUUGCCCAGGUUGCAGAUUGGGAUCAGCAUUGGUUUGAUCUGUGUCUUCUUGAUUUGCAAUGGUGCUCUGAUCUUCUUGAGAACUCGGUUACCGAUGGUGGGAAUUAUUGUGGUUAUAGUGCCAUUGACAGUGAUGUUAACCGUCGGUCUUGCACUCCUUGGGGCUAACAACACGGAAAACAGAAGGAUUCCAGCUACACCAUUGUGGUUCAAGAUGAAAAUUCAUGACAAUAGUCUUUGGAGCAACAUCAAAGAUUGCAUUUAUGACACUGGCCUUUGCCAAGAUUUGGCCACGACAUCAAUGGAGCUCAAAUCAUAUGAUUUCAAUAUGAAGAAAUUAUCCUUGAUAGAGUCUGGAUGUUGCAGACCACCUCAAGAGUGCCACAUGCAGUAUGUGAAUGCCACCUUUUGGGAAAGGAAUGAUAAAGUGGCAAAUGAAUCUGAUUCAUAUAAUGCCGACUGUGAUUCAUGGAAGAACGAAAGGGACGUUUUAUGCUACAAUUGCCAAACCUGUAGACGAGGUUAUAUCAGAACAUUGCAGAGCAAAUGGUUGAAACUUGGGGUGUUUCUAGUUUGCAUGGCUGUGCUACUUAUCACUUCUCAUUUGUCUCUAUUCCUCGUAACAAUGUGGGAGCUUCAUGUAUCUUAA